CGUUACACUCACUCGCUUUUUAAUUUUUUAAAAUUCAACGCUAUUACGUACUCUCUCUCUCCAGUCUCCACCUGCUCUCCCGUCCCGUCUCCCCUGCAAAUUCCAAACCGACUGGAACUUUCUCAAAAACUCUUUUUACAUAUAAAAGGAAACACGGAGUCAAAAAGUCUCUGAAAAAAACACACACAUCCUCAAAAUAUCAGUAUAGGUCAUUGCAGACAAAGUAGAAAACCCAAACAGUGGCAUAAAGUAGGAUGGCCAUGGAAGCCGAGGCUACAACUGCUCCUGCCUUGGCCCUUGCUGACACCGAUAUCAAUUGGGACAGGUUGGACAAGACAAAGUUUCAUAUCAUUGGAGCUAUCCUCUUUACUGCUCAGUCAGCCUUGUUACAUCCUACAGCAGUUGUAAAGACUAGAAUGCAGGUAGCUGGUUCUGGUCUUUCUCGCAUGCGCGGAAUUUCAGUAUUUAAACAUAUAUUGAAGACUGAUGGUAUCCCUGGCCUCUAUAGAGGUUUUGGCACUUCUGCUGUUGGAUCAUUGCCUGGUAGAGUCCUGGCUUUGACAUCACUUGAAAUAUCAAAAGAUAUGAUGUUAAAAUAUACUGAAGGUUUAGAUAUGGCUGAAUCAUCGCGUGUCGGGAUUGCAAAUGGAGUGGCAGGAAUGAUGUCAAGUUUGGUUUCUUGUGCCUACUAUGUGCCUUUGGAUGUGAUCUGCCAGAGACAAAUGGUACAAGGGCUUCCUGGGACUACAGUCUGCAAUGGACCAUAUGAUGUGGUGUGUAAAGUGAUUAAGGCUGAAGGGUUCCGUGGUAUGUAUAGAGGCUUUGGAUUGACAGCCCUGAUGCAGUCCCCAGCAUCUGCACUUUGGUGGGCUGCCUAUGGAGCUGCCCAACACAUCAUUUGGAGGAGCUUGGGUUAUAGAGAUGAUAUGGACAAAAAACCAUCUCAUAUAGAGAUGGUGACGGUUCAGGCAACAGCAGGAAUGGUUGCUGGUGCUUGUUCAUCUGUUAUCACUACUCCCAUUGACACUGUAAAGACACGAUUGCAGGUCAUGGAUAAUUUUGGUGCUGGAAGACCAUCAGUACUCAAGACGAUGAGGACGCUCCUUAAGGAAGAUGGAUGGCAGGGCUUCUAUAGAGGGUUUGGACCUCGAUUCUUAAAUAUGUCACUCUAUGGAACAACAAUGAUUGUUACCUAUGAACUUAUAAAGAGGUUAUCUGUGAGGCAAUAAUGAGAUAUUGAGCUUGAGGAGCAAAGUUAGCUUGUGCAAAACUGAAGUUAUUUGAACUGCAAGGAAAUUGAUUCUGACAAGUUUAAAUUCCAGAGACUGAGAAUGUGGAGACAGCCCUAAAGUUUUGCGUGACACAACGUAGGAAUAGUUGGAAUCCAGCCAUUCUUAGAGAGAGGGUUUUUAAUUCACUUCCUUCUCUAUAGUUUUGAUUAGAAGGUGGUAUGUUUUCCCGAAAUUUGUCAGUGUUUUACGCCAUUGAAUUUCCAUUGCUUAUUCUUCCCUGUCAUGAUGUCGUUGGGCUGCAAUUCAUAGACACUGCAUAACAACGACAUCCAGUGAUCCAGGUAUUUGACAGGAUUUUGGAAUACCGGUUGUACCGUGAAACAUUAAUAUUUCUUGUAAUUCUAAAUAAUAUAUGAAAUAUUAAUAUUUCUUGAUAA